CCGUGCAGCUAGGCAUCGAUCAUCGGUUCGAGUCCUCAACGUCAGCUAAGGCGGAACCCUCGGAAUACACAUCCUCAACCGGCGAUAUGGCACAGAAUGGGGAAACGGUGAUGAGGAGGAAACUAGUCAUCAUUGGAGACGGAGCCUGUGGGAAGACAAGUUUACUCAGUGUGUUCACAUUAGGUUAUUUUCCACCGAGAUAUGUUCCCACCGUCUUCGAAAACUACGUUACAGACUGCCGUGUCGAUGGAAAAUCAGUGCAGCUCGCUCUCUGGGAUACCGCCGGGCAAGAAGACUACGAGCGACUCCGACCGUUAGCAUACUCCAAAGCCCAUGUCCUCCUCAUUGGCUUCAGCGUUGACUCUCCCGACUCACUCGAGAACGUCAAGGCGAAAUGGGCUGAAGAGGCCCGAGAACGAUGCCCGGGAGUCCCGAUUAUACUGGUUGGUCUGAAGAAAGAUCUAAGAGACGACCCGCUCGCGCAGGAAGAUAUGCGCAAGAAGAGCCUACGGUUUGUGACGGCGAAAGACGGAAGCGAAAUGAAAGACCUCAUCGGCGCCCGGAAAUAUCUGGAGUGCAGCAGCUUGACUGGAGAUGGCGUGGACGAUGUGUUCGAGGCCGCGACACGAGCCGCCUUGAUUGCUGGGGACGAAGGGAAGGGCCGGCCCGGGUGCUGCGUCAUUCUGUGA